UAUUGUUUAUGAUAUCUGGGCGGCCACAUAUUUAAAGAAAAUAUCACCAUCAAGUAAAGCAUACAUGUUGUUUUGAUCUUGAGGAGUGAGUGAACGUAUAUGGUCAUUUUUUCCUAAACUACUUUCGUUUUAAAGAACAGAGUAAAGAUGUCGAGUGAUAAUUCAAGCCGAAAACGUAAAGGAAUGUGGCAAAAACUAAAAGAAAAAAAGGCUGUUGAAAGAGAACAUGAAAGUAAUUUUAAAGCUGGGAGAAUACCAAUACAUGAAAGACAUUUACAUAGAACUGGUAUUCGGGGAAGAAAAAGAUAUCUUUAUUAUGCAUUUUUAUAUCUAUUGGGUAUACUUUGUUUUAUUAAUCUUGUGAUGUUGUGCAUUAUGCUGAGUGUUUUGCGUAUUGAUAAAUCUGGAAUGGAGAGUUUAUCUCUAUUCAAAUCUGGCUUAGUUCGCUGGAUGUAUGGAGGGGACUUGCAGCAAGUUGUGUUGAAAACAGGUGAAAUUGGAGCUUUUAAAGACAAAAAUCUAAAUAUCAGAGGCAAUAAUGCUGGGGUGAAAUUUGUUAAUAAUAUUCCUGGAACAAAAGGAAGCUCUGCUUACAUUGGAACUAAUGGAACUUUACUCAAAGCGAAGAAUGGUGUACGAAUUGUCUCCUCUGAGAUUAACAAGACGAUACUUCAUAUAGCUGAACGAAAAGUUGUCUGGGAUGUACCUGCUAAAGCUGUCAAUUUGGAUACAACUAACGUUGUUCACACAGGAUCACUAGUGACGAUGGUAAAGACUUGAAUAUCGAC